GUAUAUCCACUUGCGAAUGUGAUGACUUUCCUUAAGGAAAUCUUAUACUCGCACUCGCACGACGUAGGGGAACUUAUCGAUUUUCAUUCAACAUACAUUCAGCCCCAAUAAUAGUGAAUGUGAAUUUGUUUUCUUUUUAAUUCUGCCUUCAACUCAACUCAAAUCGUGCAGUUUUAAAAUAUUUCGAAGGUGUUCAAUUAAAUUAAACAAAAAUCGAAACAAACACGAAGGACAUUUCAAAUUGAAUCAGGAAUCAGGUUUUUUUGUUUGGUUUUUUUGCUGAAAAAAAUCCAACUAUGGCCGACAGUGAAUUCGAAGAAUUUCGCAGGCCCUUCGAGCAGAUACCUACCACAAACUACACCAAAAACAAUACACAAUCCUUUUAUUCCCUCAUUCCAAAUGACGACUUGGAAGACUCCCCCUCCUCGAAGAGUGACUCCUCUGACAUGGAAGACGGAUGUGAUCCUUCAAUACGGCCGAUGGAAAAGCUGACAAAAACACCACGAAACCCAUGUCAAGUUGUUGAGGAUGACGAAAUGGGAGAUGGCUUGAAGAUGAUAUCGAAAAAUGACAAUCUGGAUGCAUCCUUUACGACAGUUCCGGAGUUAAAUGGAUUCUUACCCCCGGUUGGCACUCAGAGGAGAAGACGAAAACUUCCCGAAAUUCCGAAGAACAAAAAAUCUUCCAUUCUGCAUCUUCUAGGGCAAAUGUCGCAAAUGUCAUUAGCUGACGAAAUGCAGUCAGAAAAUCGUUCUGGAGGAGGUCAGACAACUUUGAUGUCACAACAAUUUGGGGGCUCAGCAAAUCAGAGGACUUUUCUCUCACUCAAAUGUGGAUAUCUACUGGACGAAGACUCUAGCCCAGAUUCAGAACGAUUGCAGAGCUUGGGAGACGUGGAUAGUGGUCAUAGUACAGCUCAUUCUCCGAAUGAUUUCAAAAGUAUGUCCCCACAAAUGCCUUCGCCAGUAUCCCAGUCUCCCUUUCCUACCCCAUUCGGGGGAGUACCUUUCGGGCAGUUGGAAAUGCUCGAGGCUACCCAUCGAGGUCUACACAAGUUCAUACCUCGACAUCAUGACGAAAUUGAGGUGGAAAUUGGUGAUGCAAUUUACGUGCAGAAGGAGGCAGAUGAUCUUUGGUGUGAGGGGGUGAAUAUUCGCACUGGGCGCCAGGGAAUAUUCCCUUCAGCUUAUGCUGUCGAUUUGGAUUACAACGAUUUCGAUCCGACAGCACAGCAGGUGAAGAAGGAACGCUAUUUGCUUGGAUAUUUGGGUUCAGUUGAGACUUUAGCUCACAAAGGGACAGGUGUUGUUUGCCAAGCUGUUCGCAAGAUUGUUGGGGAGUAUGGCAAUUCGCCAACUGGUCAGGUAUGCAUUUUGGAAGUCUCAGAUCAAGGAUUGCGUAUGGUUGAUCGUUCUGGGCCAAAGACCAAAAAGGACAAGAAACCAUGCAUAGAUUAUUUCUAUUCCUUAAAAAAUGUUUCGUUCUGCGCCUUCCACCCUCGCGACCACCGCUUCAUUGGAUUCAUUACAAAACAUCCAACAGUGCAACGAUUUGCAUGCCACGUUUUUAAAGGCUCUGAGUCAACAAGGCCAGUAGCUGAAGCAGUUGGGAGGGCAUUUCAACGCUUCUAUCAAAAGUUCAUUGAGACAGCAUAUCCAAUCGAAGAUAUUUACAUUGAAUAAAUCAAACUAACUCAAAUGUACUCAUGUUUUGUCUUCAAUAGGUUAAUUUAUUUAAAUCAAAAGCAAAAAACAAAAUGAGAGAGAGACAGAGAUCGAAAGAUUCAAAAACAAAAUAACAAAAUAAUUUAUUUUUAAUCAAUAACAAUAAUAAUUUUAUGAAAACCAUUUAAAAAAACAUAAUAAUAAAUUCACGCUCUGUAUAAAAGCACACUUAUUAUUUAAUUUAAUACAUUUAUUUUUACAAUUAAUUUUAAAUAAAAAAAUAAAUACCUACAAGAAAAAAUAAAUAAACAAAAAAAACUCUCUUCAAAAGUAUUAAUUGAUUUUAUUUUUAAGUCAAAUCAGCAUCAGAGUUAUAUUCCUUAUUAAAAAAAAAAUGUUAAAAUUUUCUGAUUAUUAAAAUUUAAUACAAAUCCAUAUGCAAUCAAUAGAAAAAAAACAUUGAAAUUCAGCACAAAAUAAUAAAAAAAAAAAACGUUUGUUAAUUUCUUAGAACAUUAAGUAUUAAAAUGUAAAUACAAAAAUAUAACAUUUUAAGCCUGCAAGCUGUUGACACUAUUUUGUGUGCAGGCAUACUUUUGGGCCAGAAUUAAUAAAAAAAAAUAAAAAAAAAGAAAAAACAAAUUAAGAUCGAUUGGACGAACCAGCCUUUCCGCAUUCUGAUUUUUAAAAAAAAUUUAAAUUUUCCAUUUUCUUUAGACCUAAGUUCAUACUAUACUGCUACUUUCUGAUUCUUAACGUUACUACUUUUUCUUAUGAUUAUAGUAAUAUGAAUUUAUUUUCACGUGAAACGACUCAAAACCUCAAAAAAGGUAACUAAACUAUUUAAAUUUUAUACAAGAUAACUUUUUUUUGUCUAAAUGCUGUAUCCACUCAAGCCAAAUAUUUCAAAACUGAUGUAAAUUUUAUAUUUUCAUACAAAACUUUGUAUGUUCCAUCUCUGUGGGAAAUGACUCAACAAAUCGAUUAUGGACUUAUGUCCCACCUUGUUUUGGGAAAUAAAUUCACAAAAAAAUGUGUGCAGCUAUACUUUACCCUAAACAUUUUUAUUUUAAGGUAUCCAAUUCCAAACAUAAUAAAAUUGUGGAGUUAUGUCUCAACAAGGUGUGCCAUAAAUUCACUAUAUGGAUUUAUAUCCCUUAGCCAUUGUAUUAAGUUAAGCAAUGAUUAACGUUCUAAUUUGCAAAGAAAAGUGGAACGUAAUUUUGUUUUAUCUCAAUAUCUUCGUUGUGGCAUUCAAACAACGUUAGGUGCAAAUUUAAAAAAAUUGAAAGGACUGCUAGUAAAAUGUUUGACCAAAAGUUUUUGAACAGCACUUUAUGUUAAUUACGAGUAAUUACCAAACAUAGGCGGACACUUCUUAGAUUAGAAUGAUCGGUACAUAUUAAUUUGAACCUAUGUAUAUAAAAUUAACAAAGAAAUUUUUGAUUGCGUUUAAGAUACUUUGAAAAGUUUGUUUAUUCGAUAUUCACAAUAGAAAGCACGUCCCGAUCGGCCCUAAGCGAACUUGUUUAAUAUACCAAAUGAAAAAAAAGCAUCCUAAUCAACUCAUCCAUUUCGGAAAAUAUCUUUAAAUCGAUGCAUUUCUUAAAUAAAAAAAAACUUUAAUUAUAUAAAUUAAAAGAAACUACUUUUCUUGGUAAAGACACAUUAUAGUUACAGAUCGAGAGAAAAUCCUUAGAUACAAAAAUAAGAUAUGCCAGUGAUGAAAAAAGAUAAAGGUUUAUCUAUAUUUUAUUCAAAAAAUGUAUGUAAAUAAUAAAGACAGAUCCCCAAUUUAGAAAAAAAAAAAUAUUUAAUUAAAAAAAUACCUAAUAUUGAAAUUAAAAAUAAUAAAAUUACUAGCUACUAUUUUUAUAACAGAACGGAAAAGCGCAUAAAUGAAACCAAAAAAAUAAUAAAUACAGAUUUCAUUUCAAAAAUAUUAAACCGUUACUAACAGAAAAAAAAA